UCAGCAGAUUUCGUUACCCCACGCAGAAUAUCGAGCUGGCUACUGGAAUCAAAUAAUUUCUGCUCUGCCUAAGACUUUGGCGGAAUACGUGUUAUUGAAAUGAAGAUUACCUUUUGACCUCAUUAAUCCGCCAGAGAAUAUCUCGCUCUGGUUACGAUCUCGACAGGAAUAAAAUACAAAACGUCCUUUAAGAUCACCCAUUCAAACCGAGACCUGGUAUCAAGAACAUAUCCAUUUUUGGUGUAGUUGCAUGAUGUUAGUCAGAGUCAAGGUUCUUGUGUUAGCGUUUGUGUUGAUCCAAACGAUAUGUUGUGCACUAUCAUUUAGGCCUCCUAGGUGCCCCCCUGGACCUCAAGGGGUUCAAGGAGUGAAGGGCGAAAAAGGCGAUUAUGGCUUUGAGGGGAGACAGGGUCUAACCGGUAUAAAAGGGGAAAGCGUUUAUCCUGGUUUCAAGGGAGAACCAGGUCCAAAAGGAAUUCAAGGCUAUCCUGGUUGUGUGGGACAUCCUGGUCCACCUGGACAACGAAGUGCUGGUUAUUCUAUUGUAAAGGGAGUGCGAGGAUUGCCAGGGAAAAAUGGUGCUCCUGGUGUACCUGGUAAAAAUGGUGAUCCUGGUCCUAUGGGUCUAAGGGGAGGUACUGGUCCUCCUGGCCUUCCUGGUGUACCGGGAAAAGAUGGUGCUCCUGGUCAACCUGGUGAAAAAGGGUAUCCUAGUCCUAAAGGAGAUCCUGGUCAUCCUGGCCCAAAGGGUGAUACUGGUGCUAGUGGAAAUCGUGGUGAUAAGGGAGAUAAAGGAUAUCCUGGUUUGAAGGGAGAACAAGGUUAUCCUGGUAUUAAGGGGGAAUAUGGCUUUCCAGGGAAAGAUGGUGUUCCUGGUCCUAUGGGUCCUCCUGGUGUACCGGGGAAAGAUGGUGCUCCUGGUGUACCAGGUAGAGAUGGUCCUCCUGGUCAGGUUCCUACACUGAAGUGCACUCCGGUACAGACCAAUGGAAACAAUGCCACCUGCCCUGCUGGCUACAAAGCUAUUGGUUGUGCUUGUGGGAUGAAUUGUGGCUCAUGGAUCAUACAAAAUGAUUUCACUCAAUGUUCCUGUUACCUCAGCUGUAACUCAGGCAAACCACUCGACUGGACCAGAGCAGUUUGUUGUCAAAUAUCUGCUGUGGUAACUGGUACCAUUUCUGCACAAUAAUGACACUCCCUCAGAAUCUCAUCCAUAUARAUGAUCAGUAACUAGUAUCAAUGAGUAAACUUUAAGAUAGAUAGUCUUUCUGGACCUGCUCUUCUUUGCAUCACAGUAGUACAGCCUAGAUUUCCAAGAUCUUGUAGCAACUUUUUUAUUUCUUCUGUAAUAAAAUUUGUGACACUAUCAGUAAAUGUGAAAGGAGUUAUCCUAC